AUGUGGUUACUGCUAUUCACAGCUGUUCUCUCGGCUCUUUCUGUUGUUAUUCCUCAGUGUCAACCACCAAAUGACUGCUCCGUUCAUGUUUUUCGAGUUCGUCUUUCACAAAAACCAGAUGUGGAUGAUCCGGAAAAUACAACAUACAGUGCGGUCCAAAACAGCGAGUACGGUAACAACUACUAUGAAAUUCGAGGUGGCAAAGAAAUGACGCCGAAACUCGCGGCUGAAAUUAUCUCUAGUAUGGGAAAAGAUGCAGAUCCUAGACUGAAAGAAAAAAUAACGAAUAAGGAAUUCUAUUGGAAGGCAGUUGGACCAGGAGACCGGAUGGCUUCUGCGGCUAUGCAACCACCUCCACCUCCAAAAAAAGAGCAACCUUCUACACCCAGUCCCUCUACUUCGAGGCCUAGUGAAUACCCAGUUCUUCUCUUUACUCUAUUGGUUUGUGUUGGUAUAUUUGUGGGAGUUCUUCUCACUGCAUUCUGCUAUUUUAUGGCUACAAUGCAAAAAGAACCACAGUUUGAUCGAUCAAGUGUUGUCAUCUAUAACAAAGUAGGCGGAGGUAGAGAUAGCCGACGUCCGAUGCUUCCAAGACGAAGGGAGCAACAAAUCGAAUUGAUUGAAAGUGCUUCAGUGGCUCCGUCCAUGUCUUCUGCGACUCGAGUUGGUCCCGCAUGGAGAAAUGGAAAUGGAGUUGCUCUUACUGCAGCGCCGUCGACAACCAGUCGGCACAUUUCGCUUUAA